AUGGACAGCUCUCUCCUUGCCAGGCACGGUGGUGAAGACCACGGUGCGACGGGUACGGCAACCUCCUCUGAGGCCAUGCCGGGAAUGCAAAUGGGAUCCGGCACGGCGAACGACAGCCAUACCUCUGGCAGCAUGAUGAUGAUGACCAUCUUCCAAACCAACCUAAGGACGCCUCUGUACUCAGAGGCAUGGACCCCGAACAGCGUAGGCACCUACGCCGCCACCUGUAUCUUCCUCAUCUUCCUCGCCUUCGGUCUGCGCAGCAUGUUGGCCCUGAAGUCCAUUCAGGAGAAGCGAUGGCUCGACAAGGACUUCAAGCGCCGCUACGUCAGCGUCAAUGGAAAGUUGGGCAUGUCCGGAAAGAUGUCAACGGAUAGCAUGGCAAAGCAGUUGGUGCUCUCAGAGAACGGUGUCGAGGAGAAUGUCACUGUCGUCCAGUCGCAGCACGGCAUAUGGAGACCAUGGAGAUUCUCGGUCGACCCCAUCCGCGCCCUGAUUGAUACUGCUAUCGCUGGUGUCGGAUACCUGCUAAUGUUGGCCGUUAUGACCAUGAAUGUUGGUUACCUUCUCUCGGUCCUGGGCGGUGUAUUCUUGGGUAGCCUCGCUGUCGGCCGCUUCGCCACCAUGGGCGAACACUAG